CUUCUCAACCGUAAACCCCAUCUUCUUCUUCGCACACUUCCUUUCUCCUCAAGCCAUCAAUGGAGAGAGCGGUGCUUCUUCGCUCUCUAUCUUCCACUUCCAGUCUCGCUUUCUCUAGAAUCUUCUCACGCUCUUCACACAGAUUCGCUUCUUACUCAGCUAGACGACACCGUUUACUCCAGAAUCUUCACCGCCGGCGUUCACUUGUUCGGAGUAACGUUCGCGGAAUAUCGUCUUCAAUCAACUUGAAAAGACAGUUUUACCCUCUAUCUGUUCGAGCCAUCGCUACUUCUUCCCCUCAAUCAUCUCAAGAGUUUCUUGGUGCUGAUGAUGAAGUUGUGGAGAAAUUCGGGUUCGAGAAAGUGUCUGAGCAGUUUAUUGAUGAGUGUAAAUCUAAAGCUGUAUUGUAUAAACACAAGAAAACAGGCGCUGAAGUAAUGUCAGUGUCCAAUGACGAUGAGAAUAAAGUCUUCGGUGUUGUCUUCCGGACGCCUCCGAAAGAUUCUACUGGAAUUCCUCACAUAUUGGAACAUAGUGUACUUUGUGGUUCAAGAAAGUAUCCCUUGAAAGAACCAUUUGUUGAACUGUUGAAGGGAAGCUUGAACACUUUUCUGAAUGCUUUCACAUAUCCGGAUAGGACAUGUUAUCCUGUGGCGUCCACAAAUACAAAGGAUUUCUACAACCUGGUUGAUGUGUACUUAGAUGCUGUCUUUUUCCCUAAAUGUGUGGAGGAUUUCCAAACAUUUCAACAAGAGGGUUGGCAUUAUGAACUGAAUGACCCCUCAGACGACAUAACUUUUAAAGGGGUUGUGUUCAAUGAGAUGAAGGGAGUUUAUUCUCAGCCUGAUAAUCUACUGGGACGAACUUCCCAGCAGGCGCUUUUUCCUGAUAAUACCUAUGGUGUUGACAGUGGUGGUGACCCACGAGUAAUUCCUAGCCUUUCUUUUGAGGAUUUUAAGGAGUUCCACAGAAAAUUUUACCAUCCAAGCAAUGCAAGAAUAUGGUUUUAUGGAGACGAUGACCCAAAUGAACGUCUGCGGAUCUUAAGUGAGUAUUUGAACAUGUUUGAUGCCAGUUCAGCUCCACAAGAAUCAAGAGUUGAACCACAGAGACUAUUUUCGGAGCCGGUCAGGAUUGUAGAAAAAUAUCCUGUUGGGGAAGAUGGGGACCUGAAAAAGAAGCACAUGGUGUGCGUUAAUUGGCUGCUAUCUGACAAGCCACUGGAUUUGGAAACUGAGCUUGCCCUAGGAUUUCUGGAUCAUCUGCUUUUGGGAACUCCAGCUUCUCCCUUGAGGAAGAUCUUGCUAGAAAGUGGUUUCGGAGAUGCUAUUGUUGGUGGAGGGAUUGAGGAUGAGCUCCUUCAGCCUCAGUUUAGCAUUGGGUUAAAGGGUGUCUCAGAAGAGAACAUUCAAAAGGUUGAAGAAUUGAUCAUGAGCACCCUAGAAGGCUUAGCUGAGAAAGGUUUUGAUUCGGAUGCUGUGGAGGCAUCAAUGAACACAAUUGAAUUUUCUCUUAGAGAAAAUAACACUGGCUCAUUCCCACGUGGUUUAGCAUUGAUGCUCCGCUCCAUUGGGAAAUGGGUUUAUGACAUGGAUCCAUUUGAACCACUGAAGUAUCAAAAGCCUCUGGAGGCCCUGAAAGCCAGAAUAGCUAAGGAAGGCUCCAAAGCUGUUUUUGCUCCUUUAAUGGACCAAUACAUCUUGAGGAAUCCACACCGUGUAACGGUUGAGAUGCAGCCUGACCCAGAGAAGGCAUCUCGUGAAGAACAAAUAGAAAAAGAAACAUUGGAUAAAGUUAAAGCAAGCAUGACCCAAGAGGAUCUUGCUGAGCUGGCUCGAGCAACACAUGAGCUACGGUUAAAGCAAGAAACUCCUGACCCACCAGAAGCUCUAAAGAGUGUGCCCAGCCUCUCUCUACAAGAUAUUCCUCGAGAACCUGUCCUAGUUCCAACUGAGAUUGGAGACAUCAAUGGGGUAAAAGUUUUGAAGCACGACCUCUUCACAAACGAUGUUCUUUAUGCUGAAGUUGUCUUCAACUUGAGCUCAUUGAAGCAAGAGCUGCUACCAUUGGUCCCACUUUUCUGUCAGUCUCUGCUGGAGAUGGGCACAAAGGAUUUAGACUUUGUGCAGUUGAACCAGUUAAUUGGAAGGAAAACUGGAGGGCUAUCGGUCUAUCCUUUCACCUCAUCCGUGCAUGGCAAGGUGGAGCCAUGUAGCAAGAUAAUUGUUCGAGGCAAAGCCAUGUCACAACGUACAGAAGAUUUAUUUUACUUGAUCAACCGCGUUCUUCAAGAUGUCCAACUUGAUGACCAAAAGCGUUUCAAGCAGUUUGUUUCUCAAAGCAGAUCGAGAAUGGAGAAUCGUCUAAGAGGCAGUGGUCAUAGCAUUGCUGCUGCAAGGAUGGGUGCUAAGCUUAACGUUGCCGGGUGGAUAUCUGAACAAAUGGGUGGUGUAAGCUACUUGGAAUUUCUGAAGGUUCUUGAAGACCAAGUUGAGAAGGAUUGGCCCCAAAUAUCAUCAUCCCUUGAGGAGAUCCGAAAAUCUUUACUUUCCAAGAAUGGGUGUCUGAUAAAUUUGACAGCUGAUGGGAAGAAUCUCAACAACGCGGAGAAACAUAUUAGCAAAUUUCUUGAUUUGCUUCCAAGCACAUCUCUAGUGGAGUCAGCUGCUUGGAAUGCACAAUUGUCUCGCUCAAAUGAAGCUUUUGUUGUUCCUACUCAGGUGAAUUAUGUUGGAAAAGCAGCUAAUCUGUAUGAAGCUGGUUAUGAGCUUAAAGGCAGUGCUUAUGUUAUUUCUAAUUAUAUCAGUAAUACAUGGCUGUGGGAUCGUGUACGUGUUAGUGGUGGAGCUUAUGGAGGAUUUUGUAGUUUCGACUCCCAUUCAGGCGUAUUCUCAUUUUUAUCCUACCGAGACCCAAAUUUAUUGAAGACACUUGAUGUGUAUGACGGAACCAGUAGUUUCCUUAAAGAACUUGAAAUGGAUGAUGAUGCACUCACAAAGGCAAUUAUUGGGACUAUUGGAGAUGUAGAUUCUUACCAGUUGCCUGACGCCAAAGGAUACAGUAGUUUAUUACGUUAUUUACUGGGAGUAACAGAUGAAGAAAGACAAAGGAGACGUGAGGAGAUAUUAUCAACAAGUCUGGAAGAUUUCAGGAAAUUUGGAGAUGUCAUGGAGGCAGUUAAAGAUAAAGGAGUGGUUGUUGCUGUAGCAUCACCAGAUGAUGUUGAGGCAGCCAACAAGGAGCGUUCCAACUUCUUGGAAGUCAAGAAAGCACUCUGAUUCUGAUAAAGUCUUUCUCGGAAAAUGCUUGUAUGCAUUAUUUGAUGUUAGAAUCCUCAAUUCCGGAUUAAAUGAGA